AUGGACGGCGAGGAGCCGCGCGUGACGGUGUCGGUGCGGGUUCGCCCGACGCUCGCCUUUGCGGCCAACGCCCUGCAGCAGAGCGAGCGCUACGCGGAGGUGGUCUGCAUUCCCACCUCUGACACCUCCCUCCGACUUGCGGAGCGGCGGGCGGCGAAGGUGCACCGCGAUGUGCACUUCGCGUACGACCACGUCUUCGAUGGCGACACCACCCAGGAGGAGGUCUACGAGACGGCUGCGCUGGACGGUGUCGACGGCGUGCUGAGUGGCACGAACACCUCCUUCCUCACCUACGGCCAAACCGGCAGCGGAAAGACCUUCACAGUGCUGGGUAAACCCGCGCAGGGUGGGGAGGGCGGGGAGGCGGCGGCGGUGGUGGGGCCGGAGAGCGGACUUCUCCUGCGGGCGAUCCAGGACAUGCUCACCUACGCUGAGAGGAUGCGAAUGAAGAACGAGCGUCACGUGGUGCUCGGCAUCACGGCCGUCGAGAUUUACAAUGAUGAAAUACGCGACCUGCUACGGGAGGGCAGCGUCUCUGCGGCCCUGCUUCAGCCCAUCAUGACGAGGGACGCCCUGCACUUCCGCGGGCUCACCCACAUGCCGCUGCGCAGCCUGCGGGACGCCUGUGCCGUGUACGAGCGGGCGGCGGCGCGGCGGGUGCAGCGGGCGACAUCGGCCAACGACACCUCCUCCCGCUCUCACGCCAUUUUUGCCGUGGAGGUUUUUCAAACGCCGAUGACUCCGACGUGUGUUCGCCCGCCAACGUUGGCGGAGUGCUGUGCCAUGCGGGAUGCGCAGGUGAAGGCGCCGGGAUGGCCGUCGACCCGCUCUCCUGUCCGCUGCGACUGCUUCGUCGGUGCGCCGAACGUGCUGCUCUGUGACGACGGACGUGUCCCCAUCCUGUACAGCGUGCUGACGGUUGUGGAUCUCGCGGGGAGUGAGAAGGCGAAGCACGCGGACGUGCACGGCGCCGGCUUCGACGAGCUGCGCCGCAUCAACGCGUCCCUCACCGCCCUCGGCAACGUCGUGCACCACCUCUACCACAACUCUGCACACAUUCCUUACCGCGACAGCAAACUGACGAUGGUGCUGCGCGACACCUUCGCCGCCCCACGCGCGCGUGUGGUGCUCUUUGUCAACGUAAGCCCCACGGCGAUCACGUGCGACGAGACGCUCUCCUCGCUCUACUUCGCCGACAAGAUGAAAGGCAUGGCGGCGCCGGCGGCCGCGACCUCGCCCCAGCAGGCGGCGCUGCAGACCAGCUAUCUGGCCUCACUGCGACUGCACGACGCCCUCGUGGCAGAGAUGCACGUCUUCCACGCACAGCAGGAGCUUUCCACGGGGCUGCUGCGGCGCGUGGCGUCUGCUGCGGCGGACCACCCCCUUUUGCAGCUUCCGUUUCACACGGCCUUACGCGAAGGAUACGACAAGGCUGAUCGACUGCGGCGACUGUGCGUCCAACUGAAAGCGGAGGUGGAGCUGUCGGAGUCUGCCGAGGCCCGUAUGCACCGCUUCGCCGAGGUUGCACAGAGCGAGCUAAGAAAACAGUUGUUGAUGAAGUACAGGCAGCGUCGCGCCGAGGUGCCCACGCUUACCGCGGAGGUGGAGCGGGCGAACGAAGCUCUGAAAAAAGAGCUGGUGGACACCGAGGCUGCGAUGCAACAAUCGCUCAGCACGAUGAAGGCAGACACGCAAACGGCUGCCGCAACACGCCACGAACUGUGUCAGUCGACGGCGGCGCAGAAGGCUCAGCUGGAGGCUUUCGACAACGUAGCUGAGGUUGCACCACACGGCAACACCUACGACGACGCGGCCUUCGACGGCCCGGUGAGCAUCGCCGGCGACUUUCGCAAGGCAAACUUGUCCGACGAAGCGGCAGGAAAUGCGUUUCAAAAAGCGCUGGCAGCGGCGAAGCUCCGCCUCCGUUUCGUGGAGCUGGUGGUGUUCAACGUGCGCACCGAGCCCGCACCGGCGACGCCCAGAGACGACGGUGACGGCAGCGAGGCCGCGUCCCGCACCGAGAAGUCACGCAGCCGCAGCGGCACCGCCGCUUCAACUCGGAAGUGCGACAGAAAACACGCGUCCGUCGAAGAUUGGCUGCGCGGCGCGGUGCUCGUCAUGGCGGGCAACGCGGUGGUGCAGUCCACGCGGCGGAAGGCGACGACGCAGGCGGCGUCCAGUCAACCCGCACUCGGCGAUGUCACGAACAUGCUGCUUGCAGCUCCCUCUCAGAAGAAGACGCUGCAGCUGCCCAAGUACUGGAAGGUGCUCCAGCAGCAGGAUGCAUCGUUGCGCACCGCAAACAGCUCGCAGGCGAAGAAAGCCGACCUCGCGGCGGCGACGGUGACGGGGCCCGCCGUCGGCCGCUUCCGCUCCUCCUUCGACGACCCAGGGCUCCUCACACGGGUCACCGCCUACAUGGACAUGGGGGCCUCCUUGAUAAAGGUGGACCGCAGCGGGCGCCCCCGUCCGCAAUGGUUUUACGUUGCACAGAAGGAGGACCGCCUGAUGCUGUGCUGGGAUGAGUCGCGGCGCGGCGCCAGCCUGAGCGGUGGCGGCCACGUCUACUUGGACGCCGUGGCGAAGCUCGUCCUCGGCCGGUCCUCGCCGGGGUUUGUGCGGUACGGCAACGCGGCCGCUGCCGCCCCACACCCGGCGAGGCGCGCCGCGACGGACGAGGAGGUGUGCAACUCCUUCACCGUCGUCUACCACUCCCGCUCGAACCACCGCGACUUGAAGUUUGUCGAUGUCAUCUGCCCGAACCGAAACGAGAUGGAGACGUGGGUGGUGGGACUGGCGCACUGGGCAAAGGUGUCACCCCUCUUCGAAGAUUCACGCCAGCCCGACGACGCCGCGGAGGAGGCAGAAGAGGCGAAGGAAGAAGAGGAAGUGUGCGUGACGCCGGUGCGGCUGGACGCGCAGGAGGCGGUGCUGAGUCGUGUUUGGCACAUCCCAGCGGAGGUGUUAGCGAGGACACGACAGGAAAUCGAUGCUCGGCGGUCGCGCCAUCACUCCGGCAAGAUGCGCCUGACACCAGGGGAGCUGCGGGACCUGACAGGGCUCGACAUCUUUCGCGCGAGUGCGCUAUGGCUGCACUUCGAGCAGCAAGGGUGGGUCGCGAACUCGACCGAAAAGCUGUGCUGCUUCGUCGACGCUGAAAAGCCGCACGAAUCCGCGAAGGCGGCUGCGGCGACGGUGGAGUGA